AUGUCGUCAAACAACCUCUACAUCUCCGAGACGCCGGCGGAAGUGGCCAACGCCAAAGGCCUGCACCUGAUCACGCAGAACACGCCCAACGGGCAAGCGACGCAGAUCCUGCUGGAGGAGCUGGCCGACGUCUACGGCACCGAGUGGACCACGACGCUGAUCAACAUCAGCACCAACGAGCAAAAGAAGGAAUGGUUCCUGCGUCUCAACCCCAACGGCCGCAUCCCCGUCUUGGUCGACAACACCCAGUCGCCGCCCUUCCCGGUCAUUGAGACGUCGGCCCAGCUUUUCUACUUGCUGAAAUUCGCCGACAAGAACGACACCUUUGGCUUCAAGGACGACUUGGAGCGCAAUCAGGCCCUGCAGUGGACGUUCUUCUGGCAUGGCGGUGGCGCGCCGUACCAGGGCCAGGUCAACCAUUUUACCCGUGCGGCGCCGGAGAAGAUUCCUUACGCAAUCAACCGCUACAAAAACGAAACCCUGCGCGUCUACGGCGUGCUCGAGAUCCACCUGUCGGGCAAAUACACCGGCGAGCCGCGCGACUACCUGGCCGGCAACGGCAAGGGCAAGUACAGCGUGGCCGACAUCAAGACCUGGCCGUGGGUCAAGGGCUGGGAACGCUCCGGCUUCACCGCAGAGGACGUCAAGCCGUUCCCGCAUCUGUUGAAGUGGAUCGACCGCAUUGCCGAGAGGCCUGCCGUGCAGAGAGGUAUUGGUGACAAGUACGUGCAAAAGUGA